AUGAUCGUGGAGCUGGCCUAUGGCUAUUUGACCAACCGGCCGGUGAUGCCACAGCCUGACUAUCCGUCAGCCCCAUCGCUUGGAAAGGAGGAUGUGAGACGCACCAAUCACAGUCAAGAAGCUGCUGAGCUUGUGGAUGGAAUCAAGAUCGAUGGUUCCACAACCCCUGAUGGAGAUCAGUUUCAUUGCGAGAUCUGCCGACUAUCUCAGGCACCACGACAAAUUUCACGUCGUCCCUGGGGUCGUCAAUUCGGCCGAUAUGGUCAAAUUUUCUAUGACAUUGUGGUCAUGCCAAUUGCAUACAAUAAGAUGCAAUAUUUCACACACUUCUAUGUGUCCGGAAUUCGUUUCCAUUGGGCGUAUUCCCACCAAUUCAAAAAUGACGCGGUCGUGGCCAUUCGGCAUUUCCUUGCAUUUGCAACGAAAGUCCUGAAAUUGCCUAUUGUAGCAUUUCAUACGGAUAACGAGCAGGCUGUGAGGGAGGAUGUGGAGAAAGAGCUAAAACGAGAAGGCUUCAUUAUCACCCACACCAUACCACAACAUGCGGAAAUGAAUGGACCAGGCGAGCGCUCAGGGGGUGUGAUCACCAUGAAAGCCAGAAAGCUGCGAAUUGAAGGCAAAUUGCCAGAAGCCCUGUUGCCGGAGAUGGUCAUGGCAGCUGCAUGGAUAUUGAAUCGCACACCGACCUAUUUGAAGGAUAAAUCCCAAUGGAUUGUGCCUUGGGAUGAAGCUCGCCCUUUACUGGAUGCUGAUGGAGUUAAGAAAUCAGAUCUCUCUGGUCUCAGAAUAUAUGGUAGUCUUACCUACUUUCGUCUGGACAGAAUUCCUCAACGAAAUAAGCUCCGUCCGCGCGCUGAAAUCGGCUUUCUAGUCGGAUAUGAAGCAUCGAAUGUCUGGCGAAUAUGGAGACCUCGGAAGAACGAUAUCAUUCGUGUGCGAGAUGCAGUUUUCGAUGAAUCGCGACGCUGGCAUCCAAAUAUUGAAUAUUGGAAGGAGGAGCCAUUGCCCAUUCCUGCAGCAGAUGCUAUGACGAAGGAUGAGGUUGAUCAGACUGAGGGGGUGGAGAGCUAUCAAAGCGUUGAUCAACUGCCUGAGCAGUCUGCGCAGAAUUUCGAUUCUUUCACACCAGAGCCGCUAUGGGACAGUGAAGCCCAAUUGAACCAAGAACUCUCACAGGCGCCACCAGAUCAGCCGCCUGAGCCACCACUUGUGGCGCCCAGAAGUAUCGAUUCCACUGUGCAAGAGUCGAAUAUAUUAGAAGGUCGUCGUGAGCGGAGAUCAACCCACCGAGACGACUGUGCCUAUUUCGCCGCUCCUAUUCAUGAGGACUAUGCAGAAGAGCCUCAGGAGCUAUUGGCUGCAUUUGCCACCGGCCUCAAUGCCGAACAAGAACACCACCAACAUCGUGAUGACUUACCACCACCGCCGCAGAAUUGGAAGGACAUGCUCCGUCAUCCUCACUGCGAGGCCUUCCUAGCUGCUGCAGCCCGUGAGACCAAUAGCCUGCGUGCUAAGGGAACAUUCCAAGAGGUCAAAGAACCAAAUGACCGUUCCGUCCAGGUGUUGCCAUUGAAAUGGGUCUUUGACUAUAAGUUUGAUCAAGAUGGCAAUCUCCGGAAGUUCAAAGCUCGUCUAUGUGUACGCGGUGAUCUUGAAAGAGUAACACCAGACGAAAAGAGAGCCGCUACCCUAGCCGCUUGA